AUGGCUUUGCCGGCAAAUGCCCAAGAAGGUAGCGGCACAGCUGAAGGCAUAUAUUUAGAAAGUGAGAAAGACAGUGCUACUGUAUGUACUUGGCAAGCGAAGUUAAGAGGAUCAACGAACAAGUUUGUUGGCUAUGUUGGAUCAGUUGAGGAAGCCAUGACUGUAAUAAGACAAUAUGAACUGGAAACAACAACAAAAUUCUCUUGUUUUAAAUCAGACAAAAUGUUUGGUGCUGGAGGUAAGAUAAUUAUGAAGCAAGGGCCAAGGUGGGGGAACAAAGGGUGUUUGAUAAAAUUUGACAGCAUGUUUUGCCGUUGGGGGCUGGGGAUUUCUCAAGAUUUUGCCAUGUUCUAUUUUUCUCCUACAGGACUGUAGGUGGGGGCUUUAAAAGUUUAAGUGCCCCCUCAUGGGGGUUAAUCACCAUUGUAGUUGACAUGAAGUCAAAUCCCCACCCUGUUCUGGGGGUGGGGGAGGGGGGAUUUCAGUUGAUAAGUGCAUAAACAAUAAGUUGGUCAUAAAAAAAUUCUUGAAUCUGAUUGGUUAUCAGCAGCUAUGAUUUUAGCAGUGCAGUGUAACAUAAUAGGGUUAAGAAUGCUGGAGUAGAAUGUGGUGUAGCUUGCACACCAGAUUACAAUCAAAAGAUUAUAAUAAACAAUGCUCUGAUCUUAGGAAUUUUUCUUUUGUUGGGGGGGGGGGGAGAAAUAUGCUGGGGUAGAAUGUGCAUAUUCUAAACACAGUGGUAUUCAUGGCAUGAACAAUUUAUGAAUCAAAGACAUGAAAUACCGUAAAAUUCCGAAAAUAAGGCCCGGGGCUUAUAUUUUUCAAAGGCCCUUUUUGAGGGCCUUAUUUUUGGAGGGGCUUAUAUUCGGAGGGGCUUAUAUACGGGGGGGAAAUUUGCGUUUCAAAAUCGAUUGGGCUAGCCUUAUAGUUGGAAGUAAAUUUAUCGUUUUUGCUUUGUUUUAUUUUGUAUUUGAGGGCAAUUUUCCAAGUAAAAGCCCCCGGGGGCUUAUAUUUGGAGGGGCGAUUUUACGGAGGGUUUUUUACGUUACCAGUUUGGGGGGCUUAUAUUUGGAGGGGCUUAUACACACACGGAGGGGCUUAUUUUCGGAAUUUUACGGUAUCUUUAAAUCUAUGGUUGACUGAGUACUAUCUGCAAAGGGUGCAUGUAAUACAUUGGCUUGACUGUGGUGUAGGUUGCAUACCAGAUUACAAUCAAAAUUAUAAUAAACAAGGCUAUGUUCUAAGAAAAAAAAAAUCGGGGAGCCUAAAACACUAACCCUUUGACAUUCUGGCUGCCCAGCAUAGUAAUUUUGGGCAAAAACUAAGAUUGCCUUCUUGCCGAAAAGCAACAGUAAGCCACCAGGAACCUCUGAGGACUGCUAGAGUACAGCCCUAAUAAACAUAAUACAGACUUUCCUUGUUUCUAUGACACAGAUCCCUUUGCCAAGCAAAGAAAAGUCUAUUUCAAAGAUGACAAAAUUCCAUUUGAUUCAGUACCAUUCAGUAUAAUUGGCACCAAGGUAUUUGACUGCUAA